AGGAGUCCCGCCGCUCCAGCACAAAGGGGAAGAAGCCUUCGUCGCCACUGGGGGAGGCGCCCCCCGAGAGCAGCCCCGACGGGAAGCUUGGCCCUUCCGGGGAGCUCAUGGUGCCUUCGGCAUCUGUGGGCACAGGUGUCCAAGCCCAGCCCUACCGCGGGACCCAGUAGUCGCCGUCGUCCCAGCGCAGCGACGACCGGGGACCGGGAGUCUCCGUGAUGAGGGCCCUGUGGGCGCGACCCCGCUCUGGAGACCCGGGAGCGUCCCUCCUCCUCCCGCCUCCGCGCAUCGAGCUGCUGUCUAGCACGUCGGCCCGGGCGUGUGGCCUCCCCCCCCCCCGCCCCCGGCUCCUCGACCCCCCGGCCCGAGGCGGCCACCUUCCCCCCUUGCCGGUGCCCCCCCGCUUGCCGACCCCAGGACUCGGCACCCGCCACCCCCGGCGCCCGCUCGUCCUGGCCCUGUCCUGCCCGAAACUCGAAGGGCGCCCGUGUCCGGCGCCCCUAGGCUCCUACCCGCCGACUCCGGGCUCCCUCCGAGGUCCCCGCGGUCCCCGAUCCCCUCUUCCGGAGGCGGCGCCAGGUGCCAGGCCCGCACAGGAACGACAGGCCCCAUUAGUGGAGCACCUGCUGUAUGCAGACCCCACGCUGAGCAUGGGCGUCAGCUCCUUUCCCCUGACAAACCGCCCUGUGGGAUGGGGAAUCGCUAAGAAUGACAACAGCAAGGACACAUCUGACCUACCGAGCACUCUGCUAAAUGAGGAAACUGAGGCUGAGGGAGGCUCGCUUGGGUUCACACCGACAGAACUUGAAUGUGAACCUCAGAAGUGUGACUUCAGGGCGCGUGCUCCUGCCCUGGUUCCCGUGGGGCUGGGAACCUGGGGCUCUCCCUUUCGAGGUUGCGCGAGACUCGACCCCACGCUCCAGGCCAGGGCCAGAGGCCUCGGUAUGGACACCAGGAGGAUCCAGGGCCGGGCCCAGCCCGGUGCGGCCCGGACAUGCGGGGGACGCCCCGGCCACGGCCUCGUGUCCGGUCACGAGCCUCCUCAGGUGUCCGGGGCUCCCUGCGCCGCUGUGGCGGAGGCUCCUGGCCUGGGGAGCGGGGACGCGCCGGGCGCUGGAAGAGCAGUGGGCUGGGAACUGCUCCACAGCAGGCUUUCUGGGGAAACAGAAAGCCCCAGAUGGUUGCGCGUGGCACUUUCUGGGGUAGAAGCGCUCCCUCCGUGGCUGAUGUCCAGCUACCGACGUGACAUCGUUGAACGUGAAGUUGGGCCGAGAUGUGCAUUAUUGGCGUUUCUCAGCUGGUCCCAGCUGCGUCCCACGCCCCUCUGGCUGGCGGCCAGGACUCCUGGGUCCUGGGGACCGGAUCCUAAAGAAAUCAGAGGAAGGUGGCUUCUGGGAAAACGGGGGGAAGGACUCGUGGGAGGCGUGGCCUAGAGGCUGGGACUCCCGAGUCCCAGAUUUGGCUUCAGGCCACAUCCCAGAUUGGCCACAUUUUAGCUGUGCGCACCUGUGUCGUUUAGCUGAGGAACCUCUGCUGCCCUCGCCUUUCCCGUCUGUAAAACGGGGGAGAUAAGAGUUCCUAGCUUAUAGGGAGGCUUAAAUAAGGGUCAAGCGCCAGCACUUCAUCCUGCGAGGGGCCCUCUGAGUGGCCGUAGCCGGGCCAUAGAAGUGACUCACCACACACGGUCCAGUGUCUUCCUCCUCACGGCCACCCUGACGUCAUAUCCUUCGCAGACCAGAAGCCAGCUCAGGGAGGCCCAGUGAUCUGCCCGUGCAACUUGACAUCAUCAGACUUUUAAAUUUCUGCCAGUCGGGGGGCACCUGGUCACUCUUUGGACCUUUGCAGGAGCCCCCUGCUUCCUCUGGACCCAGGAAUUCUGGCCUCCAGCUGUCCUGAUGGACCGGAGGGCUGACUUCACAGGCCCCCCGCUGCCCUCCCCCAGCCUCCCUGCUGAUUCCAGCAGGAAAAUGGACAGCAGGGACAGAGGGGCCCCAGGGACGCCCUAGCCGGGCUGGGAUAUAACCAGUUAAGGGAGGGAAAGACAGCCCAGCCCUCAAACAAGCCAGUUUCCUGGAGCCUCCGGGCUCACUCUCACCCUAGAACUUUCUCCCCACCUUCCCAACAGCAGGUGGGCCCCUACAGCGCCCAAUUUCGGCUCCAGGGUCCCCUCGCAGAGCUGUGGGCGGUCCACGCUGGCGUCCAGAGGCCCGAAGAAUGCCCCCUGCCAUAGAGGUAACCCCGUGGGAAUGGCGCGGGUCCAGACCAAGGUGCCUCCGGGCUUUUACGACAUAUACAAAGUCUAUGAACAGUAAGCGGUAUUGUUUGGAGCGUUUUAAACCUCUGUAUAAAAUACUGCACACUCAAUA